AUGCUUGCUGUGGAUUUUCGGAUGAAGUCACAGCAGGAGGCAGAGAUCAGGCAGAGGCUGAUCACAAUACUGGAUAGAGACUACAAAGCAGGCAAAACGGUCUCACUGCAACAAUUGCAUCAGGAGUGCGAAAACUUCUUAAGCCUCAAGAGAGACAGUGAAGUUGUCGCCGGAACUAUGAAACUAGUGGAAGCCACGUCCGUCCAGAAGCGGAAGGAAAUAGAAUGUUGGAACUGUGAAGGCAACCAUCGUGCUAGUGGAUGCCAAGCGAAAACCUUGGUUCUGCAAGAAGUGCAGGAAGACUGCGGUCGCACAGAGGCGACGCAGAAAACUCAGCAUACUAAAGAGAAGUUCUCAAGGAACAGAAACAACAGAGGUCCGAGAAAACAAGUACGAAUCGUCAAGAUCGCAAAUGCAGCAGUUCAAGCAAACUCUUCCCGUGUGUACAUCGACGCUGUAGUGAACAACUACUCAGUCAAAUUUCUUCUCGAUACUGGAUCAGACAUCACGUUACUGAACGAGAAGAUUUGGAAGAAGAUGGGCUCCCCAGCAUUGGAAAAGACCAAUAUAGUCGUGAAAAACGCAAGUGGAGAUACCAUGAAGAUAUAUGGAAAGCUUAAAUGCAAGAUUACCAUGAAAGGUGUCACUACUGAAGGAGACGCCUAUGUGACGCCGCACAACUCACUCUUGGGUCUCGAAUGGAUUCGAGCAAAUGAGAAUUUGAUGUACCACAUAGAAAUGAUGGCUGCUGAAGUGAAGGCCAACUGUAACCCCAGACGUGAAGAAGAAAAAGUCAAAGGGGAAGAGAAACCGUCAGAGGACACGAUCAAUGUUAUACUGCAAGCAUACCGAACCACUCCACACAGAUGUCUUGAAGACAGAACUCCAGCAGAGAUGUUCCUCGGAAGAAAACUUCACACGCGCUUAACCUUGCUCUUGCCUACCGACGAACCAUCAGCACGGACGUACGCCGAAGAAAAUCGUAGGAAGAUGAAGGAACAGUACGACAGGAGGAGUGGUGUGGGAGAGGGCAGGAGUUCCAUAAGGGAGACGACGUGCGUGCAGAUGUGGAAAGCCCCACGCUUCACAUGGAAGCAAGGAGUUGUCGCAAAACGACUUGGGAAGGUCAACUAUGAGGUCGUCGUUGAAGGAAGGCUGAUGCGGAAACACGCUAAUCAAUUACGACACAGCAACACAACCGCAAGCUGGAGAUGUGAAGACAAAUCGUUGAAAACCCUGCUCGACGUGUUAGAAUUGGAUGACAAUCGGCUAAGAAGCAGCGACGAGGUUGCUAGUGACUUGGACGUCAACACCGCUAUACCGUGCUCUCCAGAACCAUCACUGCGACGAUCGAAGACUUGUGAAACGAUAUGGCAUUGA